UUUCUCUCACUGCGUAGAAAAAGAUUAAAAGAAUUUAAAAAGGGAGGAGAAAAACGAAACGAGGAGUGAUUAAAGACGGGAGCUUUGUAUUCUUAUGGGUUGUGUGUGAAUUCUAAAAGCAACAAAGGCAAAGCAAAGUCUUCUCGUUCACACCUUUCAAUCUCAAAGCCAUGGAGGCAGAAUAUAGGGCUGAACACCACAGCAAGGUCUGUUUCCUUGGUGCUUUCUUUCACUCCAAAUCUUGAUCAUUUGUCGCUCUAAAGAAACAAAAAAUUUGCUCCUUAUUUUGGGUUUCUUUCCUUCUUUCCAGUCAAGUCUGUUGAAUCUGAAAGAUGAAGCCUUUGAGAAGUUUAAUUUCUUGGAAUUUACAUGCUUAAAGCUUAUCCCUUUUGUGGUCUUUACUCUUUACCAAAGAAUGACCAUUUGGGUCUUUGAUUUUUCAUUCCCUGAAGAUCUAAUGUUGAGCUCGGUUUUUUAGAUUCUUGGAUUUUAUACGUUCUGGUGCUUUGGGUUUUGACAGAUUAAGAUUGCUGGAGUUUUUGGUUGUUUUUAACAUGGAGGGGGUUGAAGAAGCUAACAGAGCAGCUGUGGAGAGCUGCCAUAGAGUUAUAAGUUUGUUGUCUCAACCUCAAGAUCAGGUUCAAUAUAGGAAUUUAAUGGUGGAAACUGGCGAGGCUGUGUUUAGGUUCAAGAAAGUUGUUUCUCUUUUAAAUACUGGUUUAGGUCAUGCAAGAGUUCGGAAACUUAAGAAGUUACCGACCCCUUUAUCCCAAAGCAUCCUUUUAGAUAACUCACUGAAUAGAACAGGCCACUCAUCCAAAACACCUCAGUUUCUCCAGUCUAGCAGUUACCUGGAAAGCCAUCCGAUUCAAGAAUUGGGCUCAAGUGCUAAGAAUUGUCUAUCUCUGGGAACCCCAUCUUUGGAAUUGAGUUCAACCGGGAAAAACCCUCUUCAGCUUGGGCAACCCACUUCAGCAGCAAAUUAUCAGUUCCUUCAGCUUCAACAGCAGCAGCUGCACAGGCUACAGCUUCAGCAGCAGCAGCAGCAAAUGAAGCAGCAAGCUGAGAUGAUGUUUAGAAAAAGCAAUAGUGGAAUUAGCUUGAAUUUUGAUAGUUCUAGCUGCACACCUACAAUGUCAUCCACCAGAUCUUUUAUAUCUUCCUUGAGUAUAGAUGGUAGUGUGGCUAAUUUGGAAGGAAGUGCAUUCCAUUUAAUGGGGCCGGCUCGCUCCUCGGAUCAGAGUUCACAGCAACACAAGAGGAAAUGUUCUGGGAGGGGAGAAGAUGGAAGUGUGAAAUGUGGAAGCAGUGGUAGAUGUCAUUGCUCAAAGAAGAGGAAACAUAGGGUAAAGAGGUCGAUCAAGGUACCUGCUAUUAGCAACAAGCUUGCUGAUAUCCCCCCUGAUGAUUAUUCCUGGAGAAAGUAUGGACAAAAGCCCAUCAAGGGCUCUCCUCAUCCCAGGGGAUAUUACAAGUGUAGCAGUAUGAGAGGUUGUCCUGCAAGGAAGCAUGUGGAGAGGUGCUUGGAAGAUCCGUCCAUGCUUAUUGUUACCUAUGAAGGUGAACAUAACCACGCGAGGAUUCCAGCACAAUCUGCAAACACAUAAAAGCUUCAUGCAAUAUUUUCAAGGUUCUCACUGUUUAAUGAAAACUUGUCGUGAUUGGCUCCUGUACAUAUUUAGCAUGGUUCAAUCCUGGGAUAUAGUCGGAGCAGGUUCUUUUUUGGGCUUUGAGAAGUUGGCUUUCCAAAGCUUUUUUAGCAAUUUGGCAGUCAGGUCUGGCACUGAUCUUAAAAAAAAUUAAAUUGGGGUCUCGGAUUGUAAGAUCUCUUUGAUGGGCAACCACAAUGGCCUUAAACAGUUCAAAAGAAGUGUUUCCUUUUUCUUGGGUUGUUGAAAAUUGAAAUGGCUCAAUUGGUGAUUUGACUUUAA